UGAAUUCCAACAUGGCGGCGCCCUAGGAGAAACCCGUUACAGAAAGUCAGAUGAUUAAAACAGUUUUAAUGCAAAUGUAUGCGUCACACAACAUGUGUUAAAUGUAAUUUUAUGCUAGAGUGAACACUGCGUGGAAACAGAGAGGUUUCCCAACAACCCGAGGCGCCAUCAUGCAGGCGUUAAAGGCCAAGCUGCCACAGUCCAUGCUGUGUGCAGCGCGGUUCAGCCGCUGCAGAACUGUUCUGGUGAGUCCAGUCCGGACCCCCAGCACCCGCACGCUGUUCAGCGAGACAGGAGUUUGGGACAAAGACUACCGGAGUGAAACCAGACGCAGAGUGGAGCGGUGGUGGCACCCACGUGUUAUGGCGCAGUGGCAGAAGGACGCACUAGAGGAGAAUAUCAACAAGAAGAAGUUUUAUGUCCUCUCCAUGUUUCCGUACCCGUCGGGCCGACUGCACAUGGGCCAUGUUCGAGUGUACACCAUCAGUGACGCCAUCGGGCACUUCCAGAGGAUGAGAGGUCAUCAGGUGCUGAAUCCGAUGGGUUGGGAUGCGUUUGGACUUCCUGCUGAGAACGCAGCCAUAGAGAGGAAUUUGGAUCCAGAGGAGUGGACUAAAAGUAACAUCCAGUCCAUGAGGGGGCAGCUGGACGACCUGGGGCUGUGCUUCAACUGGGACCGGGAAGUGACCACUUGUCUCCCAGAAUACUACAAGUGGACACAGUAUCUAUUUGUCAAGCUCUUUGAAGCAGGGCUGGCGUAUCAGAAAGAGGCUGUUGUUAACUGGGACCCCGUUGACCAGACGGUGCUGGCAGACGAGCAGGUGGAUGAAAGCGGCCGAUCCUGGAGGUCUGGUGCUCUGGUGGAGCAGAAGCUGCUGACACAGUGGUUCAUAAAGACUACCAACUAUGCCAAGCCUCUCCUGGAUGCUCUGGAGGAUCUUCCAGAGUGGUACGGGGUCAAAGCCAUGCAGGCAAACUGGAUAGGAGAAUGCACCGGCUGCUACUUUGAUUACAGACUCAAGGUGAACGGCAAAGAGACGGGGGAGACCUUAUCGGCCUACGGCUCUUCUCCAGAAGCGGUGUUUGGAGCAGCUUAUGUGGCCAUCCUGCCCUCCCACAGGCUGCUGCACGGGAGCAGCUCGGUCCGGUUAGCUCUGCUGAAGGGCUUUCAGCCCGGCACAGACUGUCUAACAGAGGUCACAGCUCACAACCUGUUCACCGGCCGUGAGGUCCCCCUGCUCAUCUCUCGCAAGGAUGCGUUCGAUGGUUAUCUGGACACCGUCAUCGGUCUUCCUGACUGCAGCGAGGAAGAUCUUUCUGUGGCAAAAGCUCUGAAUCUAUGCUGGACUACAGUUCUGGAAACUCGUGAAAAUGGAACACAGACUCUGAUCAACUCAGAUCAGUUCUCAGGUCUGACUAGAGAACAAGCCUUUGACUCCAUUACCCAGAAGGCCAGAGAGCAGAAAGUUGGAGGCUACCUGACUAGUUCCAAGCUGAGGGACUGGUUGAUAUCCAGGCAGAGGUACUGGGGGACGCCCAUCCCAGUGGUGCAUUGUGGGUCUUGUGGUGCGGUUGCAGUGCCUGAGGAGGAGCUACCGGUCACACUGCCCAAAGUGCCAUCUCUCACAGGAAAAGGGGCGUCGCCUUUGGAGGCCGCUCAUGACUGGGUCAACUGCAAAUGUCCCAAAUGUAAAGGCCCAGCUAGAAGGGAGACGGACACCAUGGAUACAUUUGUAGACUCGGCCUGGUAUUACUUCAGAUACACAGACCCUCAUAACCCAGACAGGCCUUUCAGCCGUCACCUGGCGGAUCACUGGCUGCCUGUAGACGUGUACAUCGGUGGGAAGGAGCACGCCGUCAUGCACCUGUACUACGCCCGCUUCCUCUCUCAUUUCUGCAGGGACCAGGGUCUGGUUGCUCACAGGGAACCGUUUCGAAAGCUACUAGUGCAGGGUCUGAUUAAGGGUCAGACGUUUAAGCUGGCUGAUGGUGGGCAGUACCUGAGGAGAGAGGAGGUAGACUUCACAGGUAAAGAGCCAGUGGCGCUGAGCGGCGCUCCUGUUGAAGUGACGUGGGAGAAGAUGAGUAAAUCGAAACACAACGGUCUGGACCCUCAGGAGGUGGUGCAGCAGUAUGGUGUGGACACAGUUCGGCUCUACAUCCUGUACGCCGCUCCGCCUGAACAAGACAUCCUCUGGAAUGUCAAGACGGACGCCCUUCCCGGUGUUCUGCGAUGGCAGUCUCGACUUUGGCAGCUGGUGACAAAGCUAAGAGGAGCGCGGGAGCUCGGAGACAUCCCCAACCCAUCCCUACUGAAGAAGAAAGAGCUGGCAGAGGCUAAGAAGAUCUGGGAAAACAAGAACUAUGCAAUUCAGGAGGUAACUGCUUAUUUUACCGAGGACUUCCUUUUUAACGCCGCCAUCUCUCGCCUGAUGGGACUGACCAACACGCUGAGUAGCGCCCCGGUUAGAGUUUUGCAGCACAGUGUGGAGUUUGAGGAAGCUCUGGCUGCUCUGGUUUUGAUGACCGCACCGAUGGCUCCUCACCUGACCUCUGAACUUUGGGCAGGUCUAUGCCGGAUCAAAAACCCCCUCAGUCCUGUUCUCCUGCGCGGAGGCGAGGUCCUCCAGCAGUCCUGGCCCAUUGUGGACCCCCAGUAUCUGGAAGUCCCUGACUUUGUGGAGGUUUCUGUGCUGAUUAACAAUAACCCCUGUGGGAAAGUGGCGGUUCCUCUGCAAGUGUCCAAAGAUCUCAGCCGGGUCCAGCAGCUUGUGUUGGAGAGCCCCGUCGGGCAGAAACAUCUGAGCGAGCGCAGCAUCCAGAGAGCCAUUCUGUCUCCAAGAACUGCCCUCAUCAACUUCCUUGUUGAAGAAUGAAUGCACAGAUUCAAGAAAGGGACUUUUUAGGAUUCUGUUGAAUGUAAUGAUGUUGUAUUUAUUUCUUCAAAUUUUAUUAAAAAAAAAAAAAAAUUGGAACAGUUUCUUCUUUCUUUAAGAUUUAGCACAUCUAGAUCCCAUCCAAAGAUGUUUAAUGCCAUUCUCACCUUCUCCUCUUACCUGUAACACACUUCCAGCACCCACAGAUUCACAGCUCCUAUAAUCCUCUUAUCAUCUUGUAGUUUCAUAAUGAUCUGCCUCAUCAGAGUUUGUUCACUCCUCUGCUAUUAGCAACAGGAAGAAAAGCCAAAAGGUGAUUUUUUUUUUUUUAUUAUAAAUUUUUAAAAACUCUCACACCUACACAUGAUUCUCCAUUUGUGCCUCACACCUGGAUGUCAGCUCUGUAUCCACGCUGGAUGACUCAGCCAGUAGUGGCAUUCUGAUGCCAAAGACCUUGUAACAUAUCUGUGUGCCCACAAGUCUAUCUUUAAAGCCCGUGUGAGUAAGCAGUGAUCUGAUAUGUGGACAUGUUCGUCCUCUGUGACUCUCACUGCUCACGUCUGAUUCAUAAAAGAUUUGUGUGAAUGAGCUUGAAAUCAGCUUCUGAUUUGAGACUUUUGCUGCAUCUCAAGAGUUUGUUCUUGGUCUGUCCGUGCUUAGUAAAUAUCAAAAGUGCAAGCAGAAGGGAAAAACGGAAUGUUCUUUGCUGAUCCCACUAACCUUUCUUCCAUAUUUCUGUGAUUUAUCGCAGACCAUCAGGUGACAGGAAAAGGCCCCUCGGUAGAGACAGAAUAACAGGAUGCAAACCCAGGAAUAAGAGAGCUGAAGCCAAAACUCUGUCCUGAACUUAAACAUUAUAAACUUGUUACUGUCAUAACAAAAAGGAAAUUGGACAGCAUUUUUUUUUUUUGCAUACAUUGCACUUUCUUGUGCUUUCAGCAUGGCUGAUUCAUCUGAACUGAGCGAUUGUCUCUGAUCCUCUUGCUUUCCUGUUAUUGCUACACCUUCUUUUGAUUCCCCCCCCAGCAGAAGCAGCUAACACAAAUGAAUCUGGACUUGUCUGAACAAUGAGAUCAAGCUACUGCAUCAGUGUUUUCAGACAUCUUUUGAGUUUGCAGGAGGCGCUUCCUCCUCUGAACUGACGGAAAGGCCUUAUGGAGACGGUUUCUGUGGAGAUGAGGUCUAAGUAGAACUCCUGCACUUCCUCUAACAAUUAAUUUAGUCCCUGUCAGCCUCCACCAUCAUUUAACACUUUUUCAUCAGCUCUGUAGUUUCCAUGACAACCUAUGAAGUAGCAACAGUAUUGCGUUUCAGAUUUCCCCUUUGUGGACGCUUUUCUUACACGUGACUUUUGCUUGUUUGGUUUAACGACAAGCUCUGCCCUUCCUCUUGAGAAACAACAGAAAAAAGGGUGAAGAACUCUGCACCACAGCCCCAGUCGCCCUCUCUUUGUAUAAUUUCACUGGAUAAAGGCAGAAAGGCUGCAGCUGAUUAAAUUGUCAUUUCUGUGGAUGCUCUAUGUGUAUUCUGAUUUACACUAGUAAGCUGAAAAUGUGGAGAGAA